UCAUUGUUAUCAUACAUCGAUGCUUUAUGUGUUGGACCCUGGUUUGCUACUAUGGCAGAGGAUUUCUUUAUUGUUCUAUACAAUAUUCUAAAAGGCAGACCUGAAGUGUCUGAUAUUCAUUGUGUUAACGAUGCUAAGGUUCCGCUAAUGCGAUUUAAGUUCGAAGGGGUUGCUGUUGAUUUUCCAUAUGCUCAAUUUCAAGUGAUGUCUGUUCCUGAAAAUUUUCAGUCAUUGCUGCGAUGCAUCAAGUUUUGGGCCAAACAUCGUGGUGUUUAUGGUAAUUUGUUUGGAUUAAUACAUUUAGCUGUACUAUCAGCUUUUGUUUGUCAGAGGAGUCCAGAUGCUUACCUAAGUGCCCUGGUGAUGAGUUUCUUUAACACAUUUGCCAGUUGGCCUUGGCCUACACCUGUUCUCUUGCAAGAUGGUAUGAUGCAGACUGUGGAAGAUGUGCCUGAGAGAAGAUCUUUGAUGCCUAUCGGACUGCCUUGCAUCCCAUAUCAAUACUGCCAGUCCAACAUCACACAGAGCACAUUCAACCGAAUCAGGGCAGAAUGUCUCCGAGGGCAGAACAUUGUCAAGGAGAUUCUGAGUCCUGAUUCUAACUGGGAUAAUUUAUUUGAACCUUAUGGUAAUGCAUACAGGAAGUCAUAUUCAAAAUACCUCGUAGCUUGUGUGAUAGAUGAGCUGGGAGACUGGGUUGGAUGGGUGAAGUCACGAUUUCCCUCUCUCAUUUUGAAGUUGGAGGAGAUCCGGGUUUCUUGUGACCCCAACCCUACAGAAUAUGUUGACACUGAAAAUGUAGACUCAGAGUCGAGUGUAGUCUUCUAUUGGGGUCUCAAUCUGGGAUCUAUAAAUUUUGAAGUAACUUCACUUGAGAAGGAGUUCAGGAACAAUCUCAGCAACGGUUAUAAAGGAGUGCCAGGGAAGAUGGAAAUGAUUGUUGUGCCAGCUGCAGAGCUGCCUACCAUUGCGCAGUUUCCUGCCAGAAUAAACACUUGGAGAAUACCUAAUUAUGAUCAGCAAAGAGUGCUUGUGUACUCGAGGCACCUGCCAAGCUAUUUUGUUGGUUAUGCCGCUACUGGGGGAGAUCACGCUAGCUUGUAGGGUUUAGGACAAGUGCUAAUUUGCUUUCUAGAAACUGAUAUACUAAAAAAAAGAAAAAAAAAAACAAAAAGAAAAAAAAAAUCAGAGGAAAAAAAGAAACAAGAAGUGUAUAUUUGACCUAUGCUGAACUUUCUAGUCUGUACACAAUUUCAGCGCGAGCGAAAAGGUAAUUAUCAACUAGAGGUGCAAAUUGCGAUUGACGUUAUGAGGAAAAAAAUAGUACUCAUUUUUUGGCCAGAGUGUGGCUUGUUAAUGAUUUUAGAAAUUUAUGUGGGGAUGGUUACCCAACUUCCUACAUUGCGAGGUUCUUAUAGAAAAUAUUUGAUCUUGUUCUUUCUUUAA